AUGGGAGAAAACUCGCUGGGUCAGAAGUACGACUGCGUCGCAGACGCGUGGAUAGAGGAGCUGGGCCGCGACGAGGAAAAGAAGCCGCAGUGGUAUAGUGGAGCCCGGGAGUACUGGGCGCAGAAGGAGGCGAGCGUGAGCGGCAUGCUGGACGGCUACGACGCGGUUUCUUCCGUGGACUUGGAGGCGUCGCUCUGCUUCCUAGAGAAAAUCAAAACAUUUCCGCCCUUCAAAGGCGGCAGCUGCAACUUCGCCUACGCUCUCGACUGCGGCGCAGGCAUCGGCCGCGUGACUAAGGGCUGUCUCUUACACAAAUUCGACGAGGUCGACAUGGUAGAGCCGAUGGAGAAGUUCUGUCAGCAGGCGCGGGCCUUCGUGGACUCUCCUCGUCUGAAGGAGAUUUUUCAGUUUCCUCUACAGGACUUUCACUUUACAAAACGCUACGACUGCAUCUGGCUCCAGUGGUGCAUUCUAUAUCUCACAGACAACGAUCUCGUCAGCCUCCUCAAGCGCUGCGCGGCGGCCCUUCAUCCUGGCGGCGUGAUUUGCGUCAAGGAGAACAUCGGGGAGACGGGGUUCGAGAUCGACAAACAAGACAACUCGAUUAUGCGGACAGACCGGCAUUACCGCCAGCUGUUCAAGCAAGCGAAUCUGCGCCUGCUGCUCGACAUGCGCCAACCGAACUUCCCCAAAUCCCUCUUUCCAGUAUACAUGUACUGUCUCCGUCCCUUCGAGGCGAAGGCCAACGCGAAGGCGAGUUGA